AUGAUGAAACAAUUAAAAUAGCCUUCUCAAAUAAUUAAGAUUAUUUAAAAUAACAAUAGUCAUAAUAUAUCAGAAAUAAUUAUUGUUUAAGAAUAUUCAUUGGUACAAUUAAAGGAAAAUGAGUUAAAUCUAAUUUAUUAAGCUAAUGAAAAAAUAGUUGAUGCAGUUCCUAUUCAAUAUCCAUUAAAUUAAUCUUAAAUUGCCAUUUUAUAUCAAAGUGGUCAUAUUGAAUUAUAUUAACCUAAGACUAAUUAAAUCACAUUAUAAUUGAGUUUGAAAGGUUAAUUAAAAAUGCCAUAUAAAUUAUUUUAUGUUAAGAAUUUCCUAUAUGCAUCUGAUUAUAUAUAAGGAAUGAUUAUAAUCAAUUUAAGUAUAUAAGAAGAAUAGAAUUUCAUGAAAAAGGAUGUAAGAAUAAUAAGUGUAAAUGAAAUAGAAGACCAUACAUUAAUAUUUUAUUAUACAACCAAAAAAUUAAUAUAAUAUGAUUUAAAAACUUAUUAAGAGAUUUGUUUACUUGAAAAUUAAUAAAUAUAAAGAUUUUCGAACAUAUCUAAAUUAUUUGUAAAAAAUAAUAUAUUAGUUACUUAUUCUUAUUAAACACUUUCAUUUUACUAAUUAAAUCCAUUCAAAGAAAUUAAUAAUUAUUCAAAACUAAUAAAUAAUAAAAUAAUAGAUAUAUUAGAAUAUGGAUUAAAUAAAAAUUAAUAUUUAAUAAUUCAAGAAAAUGGUUAAAUUGAUUUAAUAACAUUAAAAACUGAGUAAAAAGUAAGCAAUCAUUUAAAUGUUAUCAAAUUAGAUGUUGAAGAAAUUCUAUUGAGUUAUUUACUAAAUAAUGAUUUAUUAAUUACAGUUUCAAAAGAUGGAAUUUCAGUAUUUGAUGCUAAUUUUGUAUUAAAUUUCCAAUUAUAAUUAUGUAGAAAUAUGACUAAUCUAUUUGAAUUUCAAAAUAAUUUAUAUGCUAUUAAAUAGUAUAAUGAUUAUAGUAAACCAUUUGUUCUUAAGAAUAUAAAAAAUAUGAAAGAAAAAUAAAUUAUUACUAAAUUUUCUUAAACAUUAAUAAUCAAAUAAAUUUUGUAAGUAGAUUAAUAUUUAUUAAUUAUCACUAAUAAUUAAAUUUAAUUAUAUUUAGAUAUUCAAUAAUUAUAAGUGUUAAAUUAUUAAUGCUAAAUACAAUAAUGUAUGAUACUAGAUAAUUAAUAUGUUAUAUUAUCAAAUGAUUAAAAAUUAUAAUUAUAUCAUAUAUAAAAUGAUAAAUUAUAAUUGUUAGAUCAAAUAAAUUAGGAUGCAAUUGUAAUUAAAUCUCAUUUUAAAUAACAUUAAUUUACAAUAUUCAAUAAUAAUGGUUAUAUUUAAUUAUAUCAAAUUGAACAAAAUAAAUUAAUAUUUAAAACUUAAUCAUAAUAAUAUCUUGACUUAAGUAGUUAUUAUAUAGAUUAAUAAUAUUUGAUAAUUUGUAGAUUUGAUUGUUAAUUAACUCAAUUUAAAUUUUAAGGAGAAGUAGAAGGAAUUCCACUUUAAACAUUUUAAAUGAAUUCAAUAGCUAUAUUGAUUAAUUACAAUAAUAUUACUAAUGAAUAUAUAGUUUUUUGUUAAAAUGGAUAAUGUUAUGUAUUUGAUAAUUAAUUAAAUGUCAAAAUUAUAAAUAAUCCAGUUGGUAUUAAUAAUAUUGUAUAAGAAAUAUAACAUUUUAAUAAUUUCUACCUUAUAACUAUUUUAUAAUAAAGAUCAAUUAAAUACUUAGUUUUUGAAGAAAUGAAUGACUAUUAUAUUUCAAUUAAGGAAAAUGAUUCACUUUUUUUAAGUAAUAAAAAUGAACUUUAUUUAUUAAAUAAUCAAAGUUUGGAUAAAAUAAGUUUAAGAGAUUAAGAAAUAGGAUACUUAGAUGUAAAUAUAUUUCCAAAAUAAGAAUAAGUUUUAUUAUUAAAAAAUAAUAUACUAAUUACUUAAAAUUGUGUUUAUAAAUAUUUUGAUAAUUCAUUUGAAAUAAUUCAAGAUUUUGGAUAAGAAUAAAAAAGAAUAUAUAAUGCAGAUAUUGAAGGGGAAAAUAUAGGAUUAUUAUUAAAUGAUUCAUCUAUUUGUAUUAUGAAUGCAAAUCCAAAUAGAAAAAUAGAUGUGAGAAUACAUAAAAUAAAAGAAGAAUAUAAAUAUUAAUAGAUAAAAUUGUCAAAAGAUAUUAUUAUAUUAACAUAUUAAAAUUAAGUAACAAUCUAUUCAUUAAAUAAAUUUGAUUAAUUAGAGUAAUUUAAAGCUAUAUAUCCAGAUAAGAAUUUUUGUAAAGAUGAAGAAAUAAUUUAGAUACAUAUAGAAACACAUUCUGAAUCAUAAUUAGUAUUGAAUUUAUUAAUUUAAUAAGCAGGAAUAGCAAUAGUAAAUUUAAAAAUAAAUAAAUAUAAUGGAGUUACAUAGGUUAGAUUAAAUAAAGUAAAUUAUAAAUUAUUAUUAAAUAGAAAAUUUAUUCUCCUAUUGAUGUUUCUGAACAUUUAAGAAUGUAAAUGCUUUAAACAACAUGGCAAUUAUUUAAUACAAAAAAUGAAUGUUAAGUUUUUAAGCAUGUUCAUAAUUUCUUUGAUUCUAGUCUCCAACCUAUUUAAGAGAAACCAGAAAUAAUUAAUGAUUAUGUCAUAGAUUCAAUAUAAUUUAAUGGAGUUAUAUAUUAUUUAGGUAUAUGUGGUGCUUUAUGGAGUUUACACUUGGACUGA